AUGGUUUUCAUCCAACAGUCAUUACCCAAACCUCCAGUCAAACAUUCAGAUGUCGACUGCCUCAAUCUCAACAUUACUGUCCCAAAAUUGGCUUCUGGGAUAGGAGGUCUGUCGAGACAGAAACUACCGGUGUUCAUCUGGACGCACGGAGGCGGCUUCGUAGUUGGAGCAAAUUCAUGGCCUCAAUAUGAUCAUGCGAAACUGGUGAAGCUUGCUGCUAAAAAUGGGGUCCCGAUAAUUGGCGUUGGGAUUAAUUUUCGCCUUGGACUUUCCGGUCUCCUGACGUCCGAAGAGCUCAGACAGCGAGGAUACAAGCCUAACAACACUCUUCGUGACCAACGGAACGCAUUUCAAUGGGUGCGGCAACAUAUCUCUGGGUUUGGCGGUGAUCCUGAUAAUGUCACGGUCAUUGGAGAAAGUACUGGAGCAGUCUCUACGACUCUUCACUUAUAUUCGCCCGAAAAGCUCUUCAACCGAGCCAUCGCGACUGGUGGCUCGUUCCUGCUUGUAGGGCCAUUCUCUUAUGAGACAUAUGAAGGUAUUUAUCAACAAGUCCUUUCCGUUCUUGGAAUCGAUAAGCUCGAACCAGACGAGAGAGUAAACCAGCUUCUUUCACUUCCCCUUGACGAUGUGAUUGCUAGACUGCCGCCUAGCAUUGCGUUUCUGCCCGCAAUCGAUGGCGAGAUUGUACCUACUCGACCUACAUAUGAUGCAGUCUCGAGGCAGGAAGAUCAGGAACUUCCAGGGAAGAAGUGGCUAGAUGGAUUUAUGAUCGGGGACAGCCAAUUUGAUGCAUCGACCCUGGGAGCGAUCAUGGGCCACCUGAAGACUGAUGCACGCAAAAGGUUUACAGCUUCUUUGAAAACUUCCUUAGCAAAAAACCUUCAAGCUGCAGAUUCCGUCCUUGAAGCAUAUGGCUUCAACUCGCCUCCUCUCGCAAGUGCUGCUGAGGACGACGAGGUAGCCUUCAAGAACUACCUCCACUUUGUGAACGAUGUAGGCUAUUAUGCUGCGACUGUGUCAUUUGCACGAGGGUGGCCAGAGCAUAAGCUCUUGACGUUCGCGUUCAACGAACCGAACCCAUGGCCCGGGCUGUUCACGGGCGAAGCCACACAUGUCUUGGAUGUGGUCUUCCUAUUUCAAAAUUAUAACGAUAAGCUGUCCCCCGCCCAGAAGAAGGCGGCUGAGAGUUUUGGAUUGGACUUUGCUCGGUUCAUUGCUGGGCAGCAGCCGUGGCCAGCGUAUUCGACGGCCAAAAAGAAUGCAAAAGUGUUUGGACCUUCAGUCCAGGGGCCAGAAGCAGUUGCCAAGAUCAUCAGUGACAACGAGUCGAGGGAGAUCGGAAGAAGGACGAGAAUACUGGAAAUCGGCAAAGAGAUCGGGUUCGAUGCUCUUGCUGGGGCUGUCGUGCGAUUUCAGAUUGGAUUGUGA